AUGGAUCGUCGAAUCGUAUCGAAGCUGCACAGGCUGUACCGCACCUCGUGGCGACGGGUGCAGCCGCUAUGGACAUGGGCUCGCGGCCCGGGGAGGCAUUCCGCGACGGUGCUGACGCGGAGCGUGCUGGAUCGAAUGGGCAGGAAUCUGGCUCCCCGGCGGCUGCUGAGCUUCCCGCACGCGCUGGUCCUCGUGUGGGUGGUGAUACUCAUGUGGGGAGAGCGCUGGGUCUUUGACAGCAAGGUUGAAGACUGCGCCUGGAAGAAUUGGGAGAAAUGGCCCAAAGGAGCGAGGCCUCACCACCUGAUCUUCGUCGCCGACCCUCAAAUCAUCGAUCCGCACUCGUACCCCGGCCGCCCGUGGCCGCUGUCGGCCCUGACGGUCCUCAUCACCGACAACUACAUGCGGCGAGGCUUCGCCGCCCUCCAGCGCCAGCUCCAUCCCGACAGCCUCUUCUUCCUCGGCGAUCUCUUCGACGGCGGGCGCGAGUGGAAGACGCGGCUGGGCGGCUUCGUAGACCCCAAAUGGGGCAACGACCGGUCCGGCCAGGAGAAGAAGUGGGUUAAGACGUGGCAUCGCAAGUACGGCGACGACUACUGGCUUCGCGAGUACCGGCGCUUCAACGGCAUCUUUACCGACUCGUGGAACGUCGGAGGCGACGCUCCGGGGCCGUGGCAGAGGGGGCGGAAGCUCGUCGCAAGCUUGCCGGGCAACCAUGACCUGGGAUUCGGUGCCCAGGUCCAGGUCCCUGUCCGCGACCGCUUCAGCGCCUUCUUUGGCGACGUCAACCGCGUCGAUGUCAUUGGAAACCACACGAUUGUGUCGGUCGACACCGUCUCGUUGAGCGCCGACACGUCCUUGUACAAGAACAGCCACGACUUGCGACCCAUAUAUGGCCCCGUCAACGAGUUUCUGGGCCAGGUCCAGACCGCCAAACGGAGGGCGGUCCAGGAAGAGUUGAGGGCGUGGCACGCUGUAGAGCCGCGGCCGAGAUUCAGUCACAAGGUGGAAGACCUGGGCAGCUCAGACGUCAGCCGAUGGCCUAAGAGUGGCGACGCCAACAGCCCCGACUGGCCUACCAUCCUCCUCACGCACGUGCCGCUGUAUCGCGACCCAGGGACGCCAUGCGGUCCGCACCGCGAGCACUGGCCGCCGACGAGGCCGCCCAAGGGCCAGACGGGUCCAUACCAGAACGUGCUGAACCAGGAGGACUCGGUCAAGCUCAUCAAGAGCGUCGGCAACGUCACCCACGUGUUUUCCGGCGACGAUCACGACUACUGCGAGCUGGUGCACGCGGAGUCGAGGGGCGGCGUGCGGGAGAUUACGGUCAAGAGCUUCAGCAUGGCCAUGGGAGUGCCCACGCCGGGCUUCGUCAUGGCCAGCCUCUACAAUCCGGUUGGCGUCGACGGGAAGCCGAUGCCCGGGUCGCCCGAGAAGACGCUGCAGGCGCACCUCUGCCUGCUGCCGAACCAGAUUGGCACCUACAUCAGGUACGCUGCCUUUGUGAUGCUCACCCUCGUCAUCCUCGCCGCGCGAGCCUUUCUCGUGCCCAUUAUCCACCUGAAGCCGUUUGCGCUGGAGCCUGAGAAGCCAUGCACGGCCGUGCUUCCCGUCUACCAAGAAAAGGCCAAGGCGGAGCCGCCAAUCGUCUCUCCACGCCAUGCGCCCCUCCGCCCUACGGCAGCGGCGGCGACGUCGGGCGCGCGCAACAACUUGACGGCCAUGGACAGGGGCUCGCGGUGGUCGUCGUCCAAGAAGAGCAGGCAGAGCCGGCGAUGGGGGUGGGCGGGCGAAGAGGGCGGGCCGCGCAUCAAGCUCGACACCGACUUUUACGACGGCGGCAAGGAGUGGAAAACGGGCAGGGGGCGGCGGGUGCUGGGAACGUUUGGCAGGGAGAUGUGGACGACGACGUGGAGGGUCGCGUGGAUGGCAGCCGUGUUUUGGGCGUACUUGGCGAGGAAGGGGUGA